AUGAGCCGAGCAGUCCUUACCUCAGUUGAAUUUGGAUUAGGGCUCCUUCUAACUAACACUCAGUGUCUUGUUUCAUCUCUCCACUGCACACAGACUUCUGAAUGGGACUCCGAAUGCCUUACAUCCCUGCAGCCCCUUCCUCUUCCCACACCCCCAGCAGCAAACGAGGCACACCUGCAGACCGCAGCCAUCUCCCUGUGGACAGUGGUGGCAGCUGUGCAGGCAAUAGAGAGAAAGGUGGAGGUUCACAGCCGGCGACUCCUGCACCUAGAGGGACGGACAGGGACAGCGGAGAAGAAGCUGGCCAGCUGUGAAAAGACAGUGGCCGAUCUUGGGAACCAGCUGGAUGGCAAGUGGGCCGUGCUGGGGACCCUGCUGCAGGAGUAUGGGCUAUUGCAGAGGCGGCUGGAGAACUUGGAGAACCUGCUGAGGAACAGGAACUUCUGGAUCCUGCGGCUGCCUCCGGGUAUUAAAGGAGAUAUCCCAAAGGUGCCUGUGACAUUUGAUGAUAUCUCCAUCUACUUUUCCACCCCAGAGUGGGAAAAGUUAGAAGAAUGGCAAAAGGAGCUUUACAAGAAUAUCAUGAAGGGCAACUACGAGUCUCUCAUCUCCAUGGAUUAUGCCAUGAGUCAACCUGAUGUCUUAUCUCAGAUUCAACCCGAAGGAGAAAAUAAUACGGAGGACCAGGUGGGGCCAGAGGGAAGUGAGAUUCCCACCGACCCCAGUGAAGAGCCUGGCAUUUCAACAUCAGAUAUUCUGUCUUGGAUUAAACAAGAGGAAGAUCCCCAGGUUGGGGCCCCACAGGAGUCUAAGCAGAGUGACAUAUACAAGGGUACCUAUGCUGAUGAACAGCUGGUUGUCAAAGCCGAAGGCCUUGCCCGAGCCUCUCUGUGCCCCGAGGUUCCAGUCACCUUCUCUUCCCCACCUGCAGCAGCAGCAAAGGACACUUUCUCUGAUGUGGCUUUCAAAAGCCAGCAGCCUGCACCCAUGACACCUUUUGGACAUCCAGCCGCUGACCUGGCAGAAGCCUCUGAGGGACAAGUGACUUUCACUCAGUUGGGCAGCUACCCCCUGCCGCCUCCAGCUGGGGAGCAGCUGUUCUCAUGCCACCACUGUGGCAAGAGCCUCAGCCAGGACAUGUUGCUGACCCAUCAGUGUGGCCACCCUGGUGAGCACCCCUUAUCCUGUGCCCAGUGCCCCAAGCACUUUCCUCAGCAAGCCGAGCUGGGCAGCAACCCCCAGGCCCAGGCCAGUGAGACGCCCCCCACCUGCCCGCACUGCGCCAGGACUUUCACUCACCCGUCAAGACUCACCUACCACCUCCGGGUGCAUAACAGCACCGAGCGCCCCUUUCCCUGUCCCGACUGCCCCAAGCGCUUCGCGGACCAGGCCCGUCUCACCAGCCACCGGCGAGCCCACGCCAGCGAGAGGCCCUUCCGCUGCACGCAGUGCGGCCGGAGCUUCAGCCUGAAGAUCAGCCUCCUGCUCCACCAGCGCGGCCACGCGCAGGAGCGGCCUUUCUCCUGCCCGCAGUGUGGCAUUGACUUCAACGGCCACUCGGCCCUGAUCCGCCACCAGAUGAUCCACACGGGCGAGCGGCCUUACCCGUGCACGGACUGCAGCAAGAGCUUCAUGCGCAAGGAGCACCUGCUGAACCACCGGCGGCUGCACACGGGCGAGCGGCCCUUCAGCUGCGCGCACUGCGGCAAGAGCUUCAUCCGCAAGCACCACCUCAUGAAGCACCAGCGCAUCCACACGGGCGAGCGGCCCUACCCCUGCGCCUACUGCGGCAGGAGCUUCCGCUACAAACAGACACUGAAGGACCACCUGCGUUCGGGCCACAGUGGAGGCUGUGGGGGUGAGAGUAACCCAUCUGGACAGCCGCCUGACCCCCCAGGUCCUCUCCUAACUGGCCUCGAAACCUCCAGCCUUGGUGUUAAUACUGAAGGUCUAGAGGCCAAUCAGUGGUAUGGGGAGGGCAGUGGAGGGGGAGUUUUGUGACCCUCCCUCUCCAGGUGGUCCAUGCUCUCACCCAGGGCAAGAGAAAGGCCCACGAGCCCCUCCACCUCCGCAGUAAUCACUAUUGACUGGCACAUUGAUGCAUUUGGGGCCCUAUGCACUUGACUAGAGAUAUGCUUGCAUUUGGGGACUUUACAGCAUUACAGAAUCACAUUUUGAAACCCAGAAAAGCCUGGAAAGGAGCCCAGCAUCCCCUUCUUUUCAAAAAUGUGACCUUAGCAGAAAUUGCAGAGAGAUAGGAAAUCAAGAUUUGGCCUCUGGUAAUUCAUCACAGGGUAAUAGAUUGAGAAUGAUCACAGCCCCAGGUAGAAACAGGUGCAUAGGAAGAGCCCCCAAAGCUGGAAGCCCAUCUGAGGCAGAGCUGUUUCCCUGAGCCUUUCAUUAGCCCCCUGAUGGUAAGACAGUUGUCAGAAGACAGUGUGCAAGCCUCGUCCCCUUUCCUGCUCCUCCCAACACCUGCUAAAGUCCGCUCGUGUGCUAAUGGACUGCCUCUCCCCAAAUGACAGCUCAGUGCAGCCUUCCUAGGUUCCCUAGACUAACUCUUCUGAGUACAUUUUGUUAAAUAUUGGGUGAACAAAAAAUCUGACUUUAAAAGCUUCUCAAGAACAGCACUUGACUUUCAGCAGCUUGAUCUGCAGCAUUCAGCCUCACUGGCAUUUAAACUGCUGGAAACCUCUGCCGAGGCCCUGGUUAAAAAGUUGGGGGCAGUGUUCUCAGCCCCAAUUUAAAAGCUAGAGAUCCCAGAGAACAGCCUAACGUUUGUGCCCAAACCAUGUUUCUUGGAGUCACUUACUUCCAAUUUCUCCUUCUGGUUUACAGGCCAAUAAGAUGACUUUCCCAUUUCUGGUGUUUGAUAUUGAUAGUCCUGAGCAGAAAAGAUCACAGAUCUUUCCAUAAGCAUUACGGAGUUUCAGAAAGUGCCAGUGGACAUCCAGUUUUCGUCUCCUCAGUAGUGAGGUGCUAGUGUUAUAAGGCAGCUUUCUUAAGCCCUCAGAGUGUUUGCCCAUCUGGCCAUUCCCACAUUGGCAGUGGACAGAUUGGGGAACUUCACAGAUCACUGAGAGCUGAGCACCGGCCACAGACAGGGAUGGCCUCUUCCUGCUGGUUUUGAUCUGGGGAACCGUGGCUACCAUGUGUCCUUUUGUGGGGAAUCCUUCAGUCCCCUGGGAGCAUCUGAGCCUUGUGCUGCUCCUAAGUGGCUUUGUCAUUGGGUGUAAGUCCCUUUCUUUCCCUUUACAGAUCUCAGAUUUUUGUUUGGAAAAUGAGGCUGGGGAAAGAGAAAAAGUGAGCUUCUAAGAAAAAUUUUUUUUGUGUCUUGUGAUACGUUCUCUCUCCUGCCAAAGUCCUAUCUCUGUCUCUGGCUUCUAUCCAGGCAAAGCCAAAUAAGCAGCAAAAUCAAAGCAGAGACAUUCCUGCUGGAACUUGACUGAAGUCAGCCUGAUCUGUUGUUUUGCUCUUGCUUGGAGCCUGAGGGAAGGCAGAGCAUGCAGAAGCCCGAAGUCAGGCAGAAAGGCUGUUCAUACCCGCACUCUCUGUUUCCCCUGAGUCUUCCUGAGGUGCCUGGGGACAAGGUCUGCGGGUAGUUAGGACACUUUGCUGAUGAAAUGGUACGGGGAGGACCCCCUUUUUCCCUUAUCACCUAGCCCAGCCUUUGCCCUGCCUGGUGGUGCAUAACCACACUAGGAAAAAGCGUCAUCACCCCAGCCUGCUCCUGGGCAGGCUGUCUGAACAUGCUGCCCCUCAGGAUAGUCACAGUGAUAGCAUCUGCUCUAUGACAUCCGCAGUACCAGGAAUCGUGGAGACCGAAGAAAUGUUUGUGAGACCAUAACUUACAGAGUGAAGGCGACGGAGAGACCUAAGGGUAUAGAACCAAGACGUGAGGAGCAGAAUGCUGGCCUGUUGAGAGCUUCCUAGCUAGGAUGUGGACUCAUACUAGGAGAAAAUUGGGGGGUUCUGGGAAUUCUGGUUUUACAGGUGACCCAGUAGGAACAUGAGUGUUUUGAUCCAGCUCUGGUUGGCAUCUAGAGAAAAGGGAAAGGAGUCAGAGUCUCACCUUGAGGUGGUGCAGCCCCUUCCCUGAACAGGUUUAAGCACUUACAUGGUGUGCUGGAGGAGGAACUCCAGGUUUCACGUCGGACUGGGUAACGUGGAAAAUUCAUUCUUACUCAUUGAUUUACUGAGACACGGAGCUUACUAAUGAAAGAGAACCCCCGUGGGUUGGAAUGCUGCAGAUAGUCCCUCAGGUCCUUGUGCAAGGAGCUGUGGUCAGCAGGGUCCCAAGCUUUGGCAAGAAGUGAACACAGUUCAGAUACCAGUGAAGCAGGAGCCAUGAUGCUGAGUGAAAGGGAUGGGCAGGGCCGUGGCAGGAAGACAGAGGUAGAGGCUGUCUUAAUCUCGGCCCUGGUACAGACUAGGAGUUCAACCAGGGUGCAUUCUGGUCUCCUCUCCCUCCCAGUCCUCCACCAGGUAGAACUCCAGGCCAGCUCCGAGUUUGCCUGAGGUUCAAGAAUGGGUAAGUACAGUGGAUCAGUGGAAAAGGUUAAGUCCAACAGAAAGGUUUCAGGUUGUGGAGGAGCUUAGUCCAUCAAGGGCUCCUGAGAGAAGCUGUGCCCUUAAUUCAGCAGUUAAAGAUGUACCUGAGGGUGGGUUGUCAUUAGCAGAUGUGACAGGAGAGAGGAAAAGCCAGGAACAUGCUCAUCUGUCUGCCCUCUGGACUAAGAAGUAUUGUCACGUGAAUAGGCACCAUCCCACCAGAGUGGGUCCAGGGCUCGACUGUAACCAGGUUCACUCUGCUUACUAGGUUUUCAUUGUCACUGUGAGAUGAACCUCUGGUUCAGCUACAGACGUGAAAAUAAAUGGAAGUUGAUUGUCUAGAAAGCGAAA